AUGUCAUUCACAGCUCAGACAGUUGCAUAUCGUAACUUGCUUCUCCUGAAGCGUGCGACGUUGCUGUGGUCACCAUGUCGAACACUUUACAAGAACCCACUUGCAAGAGGCAGAGUGGAUCUGGAUGGUGUAUUGGGCAGGUUUCAUCCAGGGAUCAAGUUUUCCGGUUUCACUGUUCAGAGAGCUGAGAAGGUGUCUGAGUUGCACUUGGCAGCAAUCCUUCUCAGCCAUGAUUUGACAGGUGCUCAGUACCUCCAUGUUGCAAGAGAGGAUAUGAACAAUGUAUUCUCAAUUGGAUUUCGAACCACACCAAUGAACUCUACAGGGGUGGCCCACAUCCUUGAACAUGUUACUCUAUGUGGUAGUCAAAACUAUCCAGUGCGAGAUCCUUUCUUCAAGAUGCUUAACAGAAGCCUGGCAACAUUCAUGAAUGCCAUGACAGGAGCAGACUAUACAGUGUAUCCCUUCUCAACUCAAAAUCCAGUGGACUUUCAGAACCUGAUGGGAGUUUACAUGGAUGCAGUCCUGAAUCCAAAGCUAGAGGAACUCGACUUUCUGCAGGAAGGCUGGAGAUUGGAGCAUUCUGAUGUUGAUGAUCACCAAACCCCUGUGGUAUUCAAAGGAGUUGUGUUCAAUGAGAUGAAGGGAGCAUUUGCCGACUCUCAGCGACUCUAUGAACAGAAGGUGCUAAAUAGUGUCUUACCUUCUCAUACCUAUAAACACAUAAGUGGUGGAGACCCUUUGGAAAUCCCAAAACUCGGAUACAGUGACCUGAUUGAGUUUCAUCGAGUUCAUUACCACCCCAGUAAUGCACACAUAUUCACUUAUGGUGACCUCCCAUUAGAAUAUCAUCUAGAAGAGCUGCAGAAUCGCUAUUUAUGCAAUUAUUCAAAAAUGGACAGUGAUACCUCUGUCCCAGAUGAAGUAAGAUGGAUUGAACCUAAGAGACUGGAACUAAAAGGACCACCUGACCCAAUGGCACAGAACUCAGAGAAGCAAGUGACAACUUCUGUCACAUUUCUAAUGUCACCAAUCAAUGACUGUUUCCACUCACUGUGCUUUCAAAUUCUCAGUGAGCUCCUAACAGGUAGCUCUAAUGCUCCAUUUUAUAAAUCGCUGCUACAACCUAACAUUGGUUCUGGGUUUGCACCCAUAACUGGCUUUGAUAAUUCAGCUAAGGAAUCCUUUUUCUCUGUGGGGCUACAAGGAAUUGCUGAAGCUGAUAUCAAUAGAGUGACUAGUGCCAUAUGGGAAACAUUGGAGGAAGUUACCCGAGAUGGAUUUCCUGAAGAAAGAAUCGAUGCCAUCCUGCAUUCCAUUGAACUAGGUCUUAAGCACCAAACUUCAAACUUUGGCCUGGGCUUAAUAUUGGCCUUGACCCCAUUCUGGAAUCAUGUUUCUGAUCCAAUCCCUGCACUUCAGGUGAAUCACCUGGUCAAUGAUUUUAGGCAUUCUCUGAAGAAGAAUCCUCAACUUCUACAAGACAUGGUAAAAGAAUUCAUGCUGAAUAACAAGCAUCACUUGAUUACAGUAAUGAGGCCUGAUGAGGAGUAUUUGGAGAUGUUGACAUCCCAAGAAGAUACUGUCUUGGAGGAUUUGACCAAAGAUCUGACUGAGAAAGAGAAGGAAAAGCUGUUUGACACGGGGAAGGUGCUGAGAGAUCGCCAAAAUCAAAAGGAAGAUUUUUCCUGCUUGCCCAUCUUGCAUUUGUCAGAACUAGAGCUGGAGAUUCCCAAAGUGAAUCUUCAACAUGAAGUCUUACAUGGAGUUCCAGUCCAAUUCUGCUGUCAGCCAACUAAUGGAGUCACAUACUUUAGAGCAGUUAUUAACACUCGACAUCUUUCUCCUGAAGAGCUGCAUCUUUUACCCCUCUUCUGUGAAGUGGUCACCAAGAUGGGUGCAGGGACCUGGGAUUAUAAGCAACUGGACCACGAGAUUGAAUUAAACACUGGAGGCCUCUCUGUUUGUCCACACAUUGUCUGCUGUCCUGUUCUUGAAUGUUCUUUUGAGCAAGGGAUUCUCCUGCACUCCUUCUGUCUGAACAAGAACUUCCACAAUAUGUUGGGCAUUUGGCUCAAGAUAUUCAGGGAGCUGCAGAUGAAUGACACUGAUAGACUUAUGACCCUCAUCAGAAAUGCUGCAUCACAUCUUGUAAACAGUAUGGCUCAUAUGGGACAUUCUUAUGCAAUGACGCUAUCUGCCAGCACUUUGUCUGCAGCUGGAAAUUUGCAUGAGAUGAUGAGUGGGUUUGCCUAUGUGAACAUGCUGAAUGAUAUUGCACAUUCAGACAACAUUUCACCAGUUCUUAAGGCCUUGGUGGGGAUGGGACGCAAGAUCUUGUCAAAGGUCCACCUUCGCUGUGCAUUCAACACCACAUCAGAAGAUCUUCCUGUAGUGAAAGAAGCUGUAGAGAAAUUUAUCCUGAACAUACCUGGGACAGCAUCUGAGUUACAGGAAGUGUUUGGCCUACAUGAAGACUUCCAGCCUUCAACAAGGCAUUCUCAUUUGGUUCUUCCAUAUCCAAUAAACUUCUCUGCCCUGUCCAUACCUAUAAUCCCAUACACUGAUAGAGACUUUCCAGCUCUUCGAGUUCUGAGUCGUCUGUUGACCUACAAAUACCUUCAUCGUGAGAUCAGGGAACGUGGAGGUGCUUAUGGUGGAGGUGCAGCCAUUCAUCCAACAGGAAUGUUUACCUUUUAUUCAUAUCGGGAUCCUUUGGCCCUAUCGACGUUCAAUACCUACCACAAUUCCCUGGAAUGGAUACUCCAAGGUGCAGACUUCAGUGAAGAAGACAUUCAUGAAGCCAAAUUAGCUGUUUUCCAGGCUGAGGAUAAGCCAGUCCCACCAGGGAUGAAAGGAAUGGAUCUCUUUCUGCAUCACCUCUCUCCAGAGAUGAGAAAUGAGCAUCGACAUCGACUCAUGGGUGUUGCCAAAGAUGACCUGAUCUCAGUGGCAGAGAAGCAUUUGAAAGACAAGCCUCUCUUUGGGGCAUGUCUUAUGGGCUCUGAGUUGGAAGAAACUGCUAAAGACCCCAAGUGGCAUCUCCUUAGGACCAAAAAAUGA